AUGGCGGAUGAUCUAGCUGAAUCGCUACAGAGUCUCUUCACGAGCGUAUCAUCCAUGGUGAAAUCUGAGCUCCAGGGAACGAACAAUCAACUGGAUCUAUUGGAGAAGAUGAAUCUGAGAGUUGCUUCAGAGUACGAUGAUAUGGGUGACGUGGCAUCUGGGCUUAGGGUUUUCGCGGAGCAGAUGAAGUGUAAAAGUGGUGGUUUGGAUGAAUUUGUGGGACAGAUGGACGCAAUCGAGAAACAAGUGUCGGAAUUCGAAGCUGUGAUUUCUGUUCUUGAUCGAAUCUAA